UAGACAUGGAGGCAGGGGUCUACAGCCGCUGCUGAUAGUUUAAUAGACAUAAAACACCAGCUGAUAUCAACAAGACACUGACACCUUAUUCAAGACGAAGGUGCAGCUUGACCGUUAGCCAAACCAUGGAGUCCAUGCUCAACAAGCUAAAGAGCACCGUCACCAAGGUGACCGCAGAUGUCACCAGUGCCGUCAUGGGCAACCCAGUGACCCGCGAGUUUGAAGUGGGCCGGCACAUUGCCAGUGGUGGUCCGGGGCUGUCAUGGAGGAUCUACAGCGGGUCCAAGAAAUCCACAAAACAGGAAGUAGCUGUGUUUGUUUUCGACAAGAAGAUAAUUGACAAGUAUCAGAAGUUUGAAAAGGACCAGAUCAUCGACUCCCUGAAGAAAGGAGUGCAGCAGCUGACCCGCCUUCGACACCCACGCCUGCUCACAGUACAGCACCCCCUGGAGGAGUCACGUGACUGCCUGGCAUUCUGUACAGAGCCGGUGUUUGCCAGCCUGGCCAAUGUUCUGGGUCAGUGGGAGAACCUGCCCAGCCCGGUUCCUACAGAGAUCAAAGAGUACAAACUGUAUGACGUGGAGACCAAGUAUGGCCUACUGCAGAUCUCUGAGGGCCUGGCCUUCCUCCACAGCGGGGUAAAGAUGGUCCAUGGGAACCUGUGUCUGGAGAACAUCAUCAUCAAUAAGAGCGGCUCCUGGAAGAUCAUGGGCUUCGACUUCAGCAUCUCAUCCAACAACCCAUCAGAACAGGAGCCGACCUACACAUGCAAGGAGUGGGACCCCAACCUGCCGUCCCUCUGCCUGCCUAACCCGGAGUACCUCGCCCCCGAGUACAUCCUGUCCGUCAGCUGCGACUCCGCCUCCGACAUGUACUCGUUGGGCGUGGUCAUACACGCGGUCUUCAGCGAGGGGAAGCCCGUCUUCCAGGUUAACAAGCAGGACAUCUUCAAAAGCUUCAGCAGACAGCUGGACCAGCUGAGCCGGCUGAGCCCGGGGGCCCUGACCAAGGUCCCGGAGGCGGUACGGGAGCACGUGAAGAUGCUGCUGAGCGUCACGCCCAACGUACGGCCCGAUGCUGACCAGAUGACCAAGGUGCCGUUCUUCGAUGACGUGGGAGCUGUGACUCUGCAGUACUUUGACUCGCUCUUUCAAAGGGACAACCUGCAGAAGUCCCAGUUCUACAAAGGCCUUCCCAAGGUCCUGCCCAAGUUGCCCAAGCGUGUGGUGAUACACCGGAUCCUGCCCGCGUUGACGUCUGAGUUUGUGAAUCCGGACAUGGUUCCGUUCGUCUUGCCCAACGUGCUGCUAAUCGCUGAGGAGUGCACCAAGGAGGAGUACGUGCGUCUGAUCCUGCCGGACCUCAAUCCGGUCUUCAAACAGCAAGAGCCUGUGCAGAUACUGCUGAUCUUCCUGCAAAAGAUGGACCUGCUGCUGACCAAGACUCCGGCGGAGGACAUCAGGAACAGCGUGCUGCCCAUGGUGUACCGCGCGCUGGAGGCCCCCUCCACGCAGAUCCAGGAAUUGUGCCUAAAUAUCAUCCCAACCUUCGCCAACCUGAUUGACUACCCGUCCAUGAAGAACUCCCUGAUCCCACGCAUCAAAUCCGCGUGUCUACAGACUUCCUCCCUCGCGGUACGAGUAAAUUCCCUGGUGUGCCUAGGGAAGAUUCUAGAGUACCUGGAUAAAUGGUUUGUCAUCGAUGAGAUCCUGCCUUUCCUACAGCAGAUUCCUUCCAGAGAGCCUGCUGUGCUCAUGGGGAUUCUGGGGAUCUACAAGUGCACCUUUUCUCAUAAGAAGCUGGGUAUUCCCAAAGAGCACCUUGCUGGGAAGAGCCUUCCUCACUUGGUCUCCCUCAGCAUCGACAACAACCUCAACCUUAACCAGUUUAACUCCUUCAUGGCCGUGAUCAGAGACAUGCUCAGUAGGAUGGAGGCGGAGCACAAGACCAAACUGGAACAGCUGCAUGUCAUGCAGGAGCAACAGAGGUCGCUGAACAUAUCCAACCAGCUGAACCAACCAGAGGAGCCCAAGACCAGCCCGAGCCCCGUCAACCAGAUUGACCAAAUCUUUGGAGGAAACCCUGUGAGUAGCGCACCGCAGGGGAAAGAGAAUGGAUCGUCUGUCACUGCAUCCCAGCCGUCCAGAGUGUCUCUGACCCUAGAGGAGAAGCAGCGUCUGGCGAAGGAGCAGGAGCAGGCGGCCAAACUGAGGAGCCAGCAACCCCUCGCCCCACAGGUCAUCAAACCAGCCACGCCCACCUCCCAGGCAAAGGAUCUGACCAGCAGCCUGCUGAACAACAUGACGUCACUGAGCAACCUGUCACUCGGUGCCGGCACCAGGCCGGGACCCACGCAGGCCGGGACCAUCUCCUCCGGCCUCUCCUCAGCGGCCCCCAUGGGCGGGGUGGGCGCCAUGGGAACCAUGACCAAUGGCUUCGGCUCCGGGAUGGGCUUCCCGUCGCCGGGCGUGAAUAUGGGCGUGCGCCCGGCGGGCCCCGGCAUGUACGGGGGCAUGGCCACCACCACCAGCACCCCGAACUUCUCGGCGCUGUCCCAGAGCCAGCCCAGCAAGCCGGACAUGUCCGCCCUCGACUCCCUCUUCACCUCGCAGAAGCCCAAAGUCACCCUCAACCAAAUGGCCCCCAUGUCCGCCCCCAUGUCGGCCCCCAGCCCGUGGCUGAACCAGUUCGGCGCCCAGCAGCCCCCGCAGGCCGCGCCCCUGCCCAUGGGCGGGGUGCAGGGCGGCUUCGGCGUGCAGGCCAACCCCUUCUUCAACCCGCAGAACUUCGCCCAGCCCACCCCGGCGGCCGCGCCCGCCAUGAACCCCGGGGCCGUCCGGCACAGCGCCUCCGUCAACAACGACCUGAAGGACCUGUUCGGAUAGGUGUCCGUCGCGCCGCCCGCGCGCCUGUGCUCUCUCAGCACUGACACCGGCGGGGGAGGAAGCUUAGAAAAGAGGGGUGACUUUGGGUGGACGGAAACGCGGUGUCGUUGAUUGAAUCCAAGCGAGGACCUGAGCUUAUUGAUAAACAUAACGUGAUCUGAUCGAGAGGGUGGAAGGUCGGUUCGGACUGUGGGUGGGGAGUGCGGAGUGGAGCCUCAGCCUUUGGCACCGCUUCCUCUUCAGAUCUCACAGGGCAGAAGAAGACCUCUCUACCACAUCUGAUCAGAUACAAUAUCUUAGCCACAAACCCUUUUAAAUGCCUUGUAGAUCAACAAAUCAUGUGCUUAGGUAUAAUGUUUGAUCACAAACCUGAGGUUUAACUACCGUGUCCCAUUAGUAUUGCUGGGGUUUAGAUACCAUUCCCACCUACUUCCCUGGGCUGUAGGUUUCCAUGCCUGAUCCAUAAUCUUGUGGUUUAGGUACCAUCUCCAGCCCAUACCUCUGGGGUCUGCUCUGAAUCCCAUCAGUAGCCCUGAGGUUUGGGUCAAGAUGGGUUGAUGAAGUAUUCGUUGUGCUGUAGAUUUUCAUAUCAACAUUUUGUGGCGUACGAGUGGGUACGGUUAGACUCCCGUAACCACGGCAGACGCAGACAGCAGACCCUGACCUGCCUGCCAGUCUCCAUAGCAACGGGAGUUCCCUCCCAUCCCUCCCUCCCUCCAAUUCGUUCGCUCUGGACCACCGCCACGUGGCAUCUCUGUUACCUUUCCUUCUCCGCACCAAAGCAAAGCUGUCCGAACACUACAGCAUGACAGACCCGCAGACCUUCUCUCUCUUGUGUGGACGCAGCGGCCUGGUUACUGGUUGUACACGUUGGGCAGCCUUGCUCUGAGAGCCCCACCAGUCGUGCUGCUGUUCUUGGCAGCUUUGCUUUUGAAGGUAGAGGGCGAAUUUUGUUGCUGUUGUCAGUUUACUGGGACCGUUUGGUGUGGCCCUGGUUGUGUGGCAGGCACUCUCCUCUUGCUCUUCCUCUUCCUGUUCCUCCUCCU